UGCUGAGAAUGGAGGACAAGCCCCAGAUUCAAAUGCCAUUAGUUAAACUGGGUAGUCAAGGAUUGGAGGUUUCUAGACUGGGUUUUGGAUGUGGAGGACUAUCUGGAAUAUACAGCGGUAACAAAGCUCCUCUCUUUGAUGAAGCUGCGUGCUCAGUUAUUGAGGAAGCAUUCAACAGGGGUAUCACUUUCUUUGAUACUUCAGAUCUUUAUGGCCAAAAUCAUCAUAAUGAAUUCUUGCUUGCAAAGGUUUUGAAACAGCUUCCUCGAGAAAAUGUUCAAUUGGCUACAAAGUUUGGCAUUGUCAUGUCGGACAACUAUCAAUUUGGAGUGAGGGGGACCCCUGAAUAUGUCAGAGCAUGCUGUGAAGCUAGUCUUAAGCGGCUGGACGUCAACUAUAUCGAUCUGUACUAUCAGCACCGUGUUGAUGUUUCAGUGCCGAUCGAGGACACUAUUGGGGAGCUUAAGAAGCUGGUAAAUGAAGGAAAGAUAAGAUACAUUGGUCUAUCAGAAGCUAGUGUUGACACAAUAAGAAGAGCUCAUGCUGUUCAUCCAAUCACUGCUGUACAAAUGGAGUAUUCUCUGUGGUGUCGUGAAAUCGAAAACGAGAUAAUUCCACUUUGCAGGCAACUUGGAAUUGGGAUAGUAUCAUAUAGCCCCCUCGGCCGAGGGUUUUUUGGUGGUAAGGCAGUGGUAGAGAGCUUGUCUGCAGAGAGUUUGCUGUAUACACACCCCAGGUUCAAUGGGGAGAAUUUGGAAAAGAACAAACUUCUCUAUGGCAAACUUGCCAACCUUGCUGCAAAGCAUGCAUGCACGGUUCCUCAAUUAGCUCUGGCAUGGCUUCUCCAUCAGGACAAUUAUAUAGUCCCAAUCCCUGGGACCACUCAGGUUAAGAACCUUGAUAUCAAUAUUAGAUCAUUGGAUGUAAUGCUUACAGAAGAGGAUUUGAAAGAAAUUUGUGAUGCUGUUCCCAUUGAUGAAGUUUGUGGUGACAGAGAAUUUGCACUUUUUGCCAAAUAUGUCUGGCACUAUGCAAAUACCCCAGCAAAGUAAUCAAAACUACGGAAUUUAACAGCAAAGCGCAAGCCUUCACAAAGUACUGAGGGGUCAGUUGCUGACAGUAAACCG